CUCAGCUGAUUGAGGUCGUCUCUUCGCAUCGAUUGUGCAGGAUCUUGGAAGAUUAUUUUAGCAGCAUGAAGGGCAAUAAUGGUGAAACAAGCAAAAGUUGAUGCUCCUUAUUUUGAAGAUGAACCUGUCUUCCGUUCUUAUGCCUUGGUCUUCAGGCCAUAACGUGUGAAACACAAUACAUGUUUCUGAUCUAUGUUUUAAUAUUGUCUGUCAGAUUGCAGAAGUGACGUACUUCUGACCAUGGCUGAGGCUGAUAGUUUUUAAGAAGUGUUAAUGAUUGAGAUCCCAGUUGCCUGUGUAAAGGAGAUUGAUUACUGAUUCUUUGACUUUUAUCUGUAUAUGCUCAAAGUUAACCUUGAAUAAGGCUGUGUUAUUGCUCACAAAGUUUACUUCAAGUAUGGAAAUUAUUUAAUGAAAUUAUUUUGGUGUCCUGUAAUUCAUAAGAAUAUAAGAUAUAUUUAAUGUUGAUAAUAAAGAAAAACACUAAGAGAGAGGAAAAGCCACAGUAAGAAAAUUCCUAACAAACAAAAUCCCAAUAAGCAGAACUUCGAAAUAAAAACGAAAGAAAAUAGCCCGGUGAAUUUGAAAUAAGAAAACAGCUGACAUGGCUGAUUAGGCAAAGUGCAGUCGAAAGACAGUAGAACGAAAACCAGCCCACGUUAUUCACCCGACCCGUCUGAGACCUUCUUGAAGAUGGUGGAACUAACCAACGUCUGCUUUGUGGUGGUGACGGCCAUUGCAAUCAUAACUCAGAUCAUGAUUCCUGCAAUUAGAGGUCCCAUGGCACGCCUCCAGCCUGACCUAGCCCUGUGGUUGGAAGAGCAGUCGUUGGAGAAGUAUGCGGGACUCUUUUUCGACGCAGGGAUAUGGAGAUUAGUGGACGUUGUGGAGAUGGGGCCCCUGCGAGGGCUGCCCCUGGCCGAGCAAGAGCGGACUGCAAUCGCCGUCUUCGACCUGAAGCAACGACUCAUUCUGCGACACUUCCUGAAGAAACAUGGCACCGAGUCGGGACUUCCAAGGCUGGAGACUCUAGGCAUACGUACCCUAAAGGAGGCUGUGUACAUGGUGGAUGCAUUUCCGCUUGAGUUUAAUGAUGAUAAGGACGACGGCCUGAACAGCCUCCUGCAGAGACUCCCGAGAGACAAAAAGGAAAUGGAAGUCUUGUCCGAUGAACUGUGGUCGGAGAUUGCAUCGAUGUAUAACCUUCCGAGCUCUCGAGGAUGGGGCAUAGCCUAUGUGUUAUGUGCGGUGGGGGCGGCGCUAAGCGGGUGGGCGUGGUGGGUGAUGACGCGUCGCUCGGCACCCAAGCCUGGCCUCCUCCACCUGUUCACGGGCAAGUACCUCCACCCGCAGCGCUGCUCGACGACCUUCCACUGGGACGACCCUUCCACCGUCGGCACCACUGUGGCCUUCACUGUCCAGUUUUUCCAGCGAAAUGGACGACCGUACCCGAUUAGUGAUGCUGACGGCGUCUUGGUGGAGAUAACACAAGGAAUACAUAAGGUUGGGGUAGUGACUGAAUUAGGAGGCACCGGUGAUGCACAGAUCAACACUGCAAGAUGCAAGUUCACUGCCCGUCAGGCCGGACAGUACAAGAUCUCCAUCCUCCUCGCCAACCAACACAUCCGCGGCAGUCCCUUUGUCAAGAACUUUUUGCCAGGACCCCCAGACCCAAGCAAAACUGUGAUGGUGCAACACAGCUCAACAGUUGUGUGCACAGCCAACCAGCCUCACCACAUCCUCAUAGAACCCCGUGACCAGUACCACAACGUCUGCUCCUUCCCCCCCGGACAAGCGGACACUAGUAACUACUCUAUUUCCAUUGUCGAGCUGGAAGGGGGAUGGACAGUUGAUGCCGGGAGUAGCAUUGUCUACGAUCACACAACGCGUCGCAUCAGUAUCCAGGUCACCCUCAAACGUCCAGGCUGCUACCGGGCGCACCUGACUUACUGCAACACCACCCUUACCAAUGGCAACUUUGACAUUAUUGUUUUAACUAGUGACGAUGCGUUGCGUGUCCAGAAGACAGUGAUGAGAAGAGUUCAUGAGGGAUAUGAAGCCCGGCUUCUAACUCAAAAUGGAUCUCAUCUUACCAAGCCAAAAAAAGUGUAUUGUUACGUCACCCCAAAGCAGUUGAUCAUCAAGGAGUUCCUGUUCCGUCUCAUACCAAAGCGGGUGUGCACGUUCCGCCUCUGCCCAUCCACCAAGUUCCACUUCACCGGCACCAGCAACCAGAUCGGGCUUCCAACCAUGAGCAUAGAUGAUGGUUGUCAGCCGCUGGUGUUCCUGGCUGCCAAGGACCGCAAUGUGAUAGCCUCCACCUUCACCCAGUUCAUGCUGAAGAACAUCGGAGGUUCCGAGACCUUCAAGGACAAGCAGGACCACUUUUAUCAUGAGGUGCGCAAGUACCACAGCAAGCGCAUGCACGACAGGAUUCAGAUUACCGUCUCCAGAGAGAAGCUGCUGGAGUCGUCCAUGAAGGCGACAAAGAACUUCACCGUGGCAGAUUGGUGCAAGAACUUCGAGAUCACGUUCCAGGGGGAGGAGGGCCUGGACUGGGGCGGUGUGAGGCGCGAGUGGUUCGAGCUGAUCUGUGCUCAGUUGUUUGACAAUAACAAUGGUCUCUUUACUAGUUUACAUGAAGGUCAACAAGCUUUAGUCCACCCAAAUCCAGACAGACCUCCUCAUCUAAAAUUAAAACAUUACGAAUUUGCCGGGAGGGUUGUAGGGAAGUGCCUAUACGAGUCAGCUCUUGGGAGUGGCUAUAGACAGACUGUGAGGGCAAGGUUCACAAGAUCAUUUCUGGCACAGCUGAUCGGGCUGCGGGUGCACUACAAGCACUUUGCUCAGGAUGACCCCGAACUGUACAAUGGAAAGAUACGGCACCUGCUAGAGCAUGGGGUGGACAAGUUGGACGAUGAACUGUUCUUCAUCGAGGAGUACAUACAUGCCACUGGACAGAUCAAGGUCGUUGAGCUGGAGCCUGGAGGAACAACCCGUCAAGUGACAAACAACAAUAGACUUCAGUAUUUAGAUGCAAUUGCGCAGUUUAGACUUUCUGCAAGAGUCCGCAAUGAAGUGGAUGCCUUCUUAGCUGGUUUAAAUGAGAUUAUUCCAGACAACCUUCUAUGCAUAUUUGAUGAAAAUGAAUUAGAGUUACUAAUGUGUGGAAUUGAGGAGUACAGCAUUGCAGACUUCAAAGCCAACCACGAGGUGAAUGGAUCAUCUCCAGAGUUUCGACGUGUACUGUACUGGUUCUGGACAGCUGUUUCAAACUUCACCGAGGAGGAGAUGGCACGACUCCUUCAGUUCACCACAGGGUGUUCCCGUCUCCCCCCCGGUGGAUUUGCUCAGCUGUCUCCCCGCUUCCAAAUCUCAGCUGCUCAUACAUUUGGUGUGCUACCCACUGCUCAUACUUGCUUUAAUCAACUUUGUCUGCCAGAUUAUGACAGCUAUGAGCAGUUUGAAAAAGCAUUACUGCUGGCUAUCAAAGAAGGAUCGGAAGGAUUUGGAAUGGUUUAGAGCCAAAGACAAGGGAUCUACUUUUUUAUUAGUCCAUUGCAGACAUGAAGAUUCUCAAGAGAAGAUUCAUGAACCUUAAAGUGCUUCUAUGGAGAUACCAUUUCUUUGACAGUAAUAUUCAGGAUUUUAUUUCUUUAGUUGAAUAUAAAAAUGCCAGUUGUAUGUCACAAUAUUAUAUUACUAGGCAACAUUGCAGGGGUUGUAGGCAAUCUCAUAAAAAAAAGAAAUGGAGGAAAAUAUUACAAAAGGAAGAUUUCCAAAGACCAAAAAGUUUUAUCACAAUGGACCACUAAGUGAAGUCAGUGCGAAGGUAUGUGUGUGUGUGUAUUUGGUGUAAAAGUACUAAAUUCUCAAUAUUCCUCACCUAUCUUCAUGGUGCCCAUAUAUAACAAAUGUUACAUAAGAGACUCACUAUUUUUUCAUUCUUUCUUUUGUUAUCAUUAUUUUUUCAUAAGACACAGCCAAAGCUUGUAAAGUUAGUACAGUAUUGUAAAAAAAAGAAUAAAAGAAAGCAGUAUGUAUUUUAUCCAUCCAAGACAGUAAUUUAGAGCAUCUGCACAGGAACCUAAUUCAGGUUAUUCCACAUGAAUUUGAAUACCUAGACUUAUCUUAAGUUGAUAGACAGAGAAAGAAAAAAAAAAGUGGAUGUGUGUAUUGCAUCCACGUACUUCUUUCUCUUCAGUGUGCAACAAGCCAUAUUUAGCAAUUCAAACAAUUGUCAGUCAAAGUGUUUGUAUCACCUCUUUUUUGAGUCCUGCACGCCUCGUAGCGCUAGAUCCCCUUCAAAUCAAAAUAAUCAUCAAAAAAGCCUGUGCAUGCUAGAAGAGUUUUGAGCCUGGAGUAUGUGAUCUCAAGUUCCAUGGGAUGUUUAAUAAGUCUAUAAUAAUGCCACCUCUACUGUAGCUUGUAAUUUAGGUUUAUCGGAGGGAAGUCUAUUAAAUUGCAGCUGUUUUGUGUUAAGGUGGUCAUCUGAAAGAUGUCUGAGGCUAUUUUUUUUUUUUUUUGUUUGUAGGUCUACACUUUUGUUAGAAGCAAGAAAGAUGUGUUUGUCAUACAUCAUGUCAAAACUAAUGAAUGGUACUGUCAUUUAGGUUAUUGUCUCUAAGAAGCAUGAUGGCACCCUUAAGAUAUUUAUUGUUUAAAAAACAUAUACAAUUCUUAUUUUGUAAUUUUGCUUAUUUGAAUAUAUGCUUCGUAUGUUUUAAAACUGCCAGUGAUUGUAAAUAUUUGUUUCUUUGAGCAGUAAAUGUGUUCAUAGUACUCUCAUUGCCUUGCCAUGUAUGAAUUGCAGUCAACGAAAUACUGCACUGUGAUGUGGGAAUAAUAAUAAUAAUAAUAUUAAUAGUAGUAAUAUAGUUAAGUUACCCCCAGAAUCUAUAGAGCAAUGGCAGGUGGUAGCCCUUCUGCAUGAUGCCCUGAAUGUAACUACAUAUGAAACUACAUAUUCAGAAGAGUACGUAAUAGUGCUUUAAUGUGGAGGCAUUAAGAUUUUUUUUUUUUUUUUUUUU